UAUAAAAAUUUGAUUUAGACUCUUUGGAUGGUUGGUUUUUUCCAAAGCCCAGAUCCUUCUUUCUGUACUUCUACUGACUUCUUUGGACUUGGUAGCAGGAACCACAAUCUUAUAUAAUGAAGCGUCUUUGCGAUAUGCUAAGUUAUAAACAAACAAGUAAACAAAUAGAGGAAAAACAAACAAAAGUCGAUAAAAAAAUAAGAAUAAUCAGAAUAUUCAUCAAAUAGAGUACAGAGUAGUGAACAAGAAAAUAAAAAGGUACAAAGGAAACGGGAAAUUUUCUAAAGUUCCCAACUCUCCUCUUUUAUCAUAUUUUCAUUGGAAUCAUUUAAAGCAUCGAAUUUCCUUUGCAAAGAAAGACUUCGCUCACCAUCAGUACGAUUGAAGGAGUCGCCUAAAGAAUGAGGACUGAACUGAAUAGUUUUGGGGGGCGACAUUCCAUUUGGCAUAAGGCUAUCGUUGCUUUCGUGCUCGAAUUCCGAAAACAUAGACAAAGCGGAUUUUGAUGUUCUAUCUCCGGGUGCUGAGAUGGUCUCCAUCUUCAUGGCAAUUGGAGAAGGAGACAUGAGAGGAGAAGAAUCAAUGUCCAUGUCUUCAUACUUCUUCUUCUCGUGAGGAGUUACCUGGACGUGCCAGUUCGUGUCCAGUACUCUGUGCAACAAAGCACUACGUCCAGUAUGUUGCAGAUUAGCUUCGUCGAUCUUUCGAGCUGGGGUUUGCAAACGCGCGGGUAUCGGUGUUAAAGACGCAUUUUCUAAAGAAAGAUUUUCAAAGGAUGUGUCUUUCUUGGGAGUAGACUGAGUAACUUGUUCAUCCUUUACUUCUUGAGGCUCAAAAGCUUCGUGCCCGAAAGACGAAGGAAUGUUUUGAUAAAACGUUUCAGUAUCCUCCUCAUCUUCCUCGAUUUUUGGAUCACCGCUGUCUGUAUAUUUCGAUUCUGAGGAUACAAAACCUUCUUUCGGUUUUUCAGACCCUUGGACUGGUUCUUCGACUCCAGAGAGCGAGACACUAGCGCUUGUUUCGAAGAAUUGCUUCCAAAACUGGUUGCAUUAGUAAAAUGCACGUAAGUGGAAAAGACUUUCUUCCUCUCCUCAACCCGUACCUUUGAUGACUCCCAUAUAUUAUUACAGUUCUUAGUAUAUUUCUCUAUAAUUGGAAGAAUUCGAGUCGACACUGUUCUGUUACAUUUCGCGAAAUUCGCAUCAAUUUCGUACAAUGCUAAUGUAAUUGACUGUUCCAAUCUUUCUAAUCUAAAAAAAUUCAAAUGUUAGUGCAUAGUUUCCUCUUUGUCUUCAAUACCUUUCCAGUUGACUCAUUGAGGAAGCAUUCACGAAAUAGACUUCUCUUCAACCUCACAGCUGUGAGUAAUUAUAGUACAGAUUGAAAAACAAUGAUACUUUACAAAUUCUUCAGGGAUUCUUUAAGAAUUUAAAUAAAUAUAUAUCUCUAUUUUUUCUGCAACACAAAAUCUAUACAUGGAUCAUUUAAUAUUUAGGUGCCUUCUUCUCGUCUGUUCAUCUUGAAUAUCAGUAAAUGUUUUAUUGAUUUUUGCUUUGACAAUGUUUAUUUUGUUUACGGAAUAUCGCUUGUUGCACUAUUUAAGAAAGAUGUAAACAACCAUUAUACCUGUCUUCUGCCAGUACCAAAAGGGAUUGAAAAGAUGAAGAAUGGAUCGGGGAUUGACAAUUCCUUCAACAAUGGUGAAUUUCAUUUGAGUGAUCAGAACUCUGGCUUGCAAAACUCCGUAUCCUCAGGCAGCGUUAAUACUGCUGUUAACGGUGAAGCUAGAACACAAGAUGUAGGAUCAUCCUUCUCCGAUACCGAUUCACAACUUUCAGAUCCCAAUUCUUCCUCAAUCUUAUCAAGGCUGAGUCAGACAACCAAGAGCAGCCAUCAGCUGCGCUUUUUCAAGUGGGUUCGUAAACUUUCUGAAAACCUUCAAGUAGGAAAAGAAAGCUCCUCAAAUGGAGCUGCUGAAGGUAACUCAACUGAUCCUUAUAUCGAGCUAGUAAGCGACCCAGCAUACAUUCCUGUUCUUAAGCAGAUUGGGGGGUUUGACGAAAUUAGGGAUAACCUUGUUUUGACAGACUCCAAUUUUGAUGUUAAAGAUUAUGAUGUAAAGUUUAUGUACCUUCUUAGGAAGUAUCUUUUGGAUGGACCAGACACUGGUUUUGUUGUUCAGCAUGAAAAAUACAUGCCCGAUGGACCAAGAGUCGCAGCUGCAAAGGCUCAUUCUGCUCUAGCAGAAAAGCUAGCAUAUUUUGCGACAAAUCCAGGAAGCUCAGAAAUAGAUGUUGACAAAGGUUCUUUCAACGCGGCAAACGAAGAAGGCGUUCAAUCAGCAAUGAAUGAGCAGAACGUUAAGUCUAUAAAUCACUCUGUCCAGGUUCAAGAAACAAACGAUCGUUUGCGAGCCGUAUCUCAGCUUGAAACCAUACGCAACGAAAGCAAAGCUUCUUCAGAGCAAGCUAAUGACUUUGGCCUAUUCGUCAUAGAUUCAGAAAUUCCCGAUUAUCAUUUGGGAAAUGAACCGAAGCGUAAAGAGAUUCUAGAUUUGUAUGUGGAACUGGCGAAGAACAAUGAUCUAGUUAUUGGACAUACUGUAAAAGAUACUUAUUUUUUUGUAUUUAAAGAGGAUAGUCUUCUUCCUUUAGAAAAAUACGAAUACACUGCUAAAGAGCUUUCUUUGUUUAAUAUUCAGCAAAAGGCUUCCCGCUGGAUGUUUCGAAAAACUCAGGAAGAACGAUUAAUUCAUUGGGAACAGCUUCCUUUUAAGGUCGAAAGUCUUAACCAUAUUCCUUUUGUAGUUAAAGAUAACUCAAAUCAGCAAGAUAAAUCGGAGAUGCCUUUCUCUGUACGAGAACUUGCUUAUAUGGAGACGCGCUUCAUCGCUUUAAUCUUGCCAACUAAUUUACAAAAGUAUAACUAUCAGGUUCAUCGAACUCUAGCAAGGGCCAGAGAUUUUCAAUCGUCUAGGUCUAAGGAAGAUGAAAUUGCUUAUAUAAUGGAGCUGGAAAAAAAUCCCGUCAAAUUUCUUUUUGAAUUGGAUAUUAUGGAAAGUCUACCUUUGAAUCAACAGCGUGCUCUUUGGGUACACCUUGCUGACUUUGCCUCAAAACAAGAAACCGAUCCCCUAUUGUCACUUUGGAAGCGACAAGUAAUCCUUUGUCGAAUUGGACAUCCCAAGCUUCAUACUGUGCCCAUUUCGUCUUUUUUCUGCGUUGAAAAUCAGCCACGUUUAAUUGGGGUUAAAACAGCUAGUGCAACCUCUUUUUUCCUCGUCGAUAGAGAUUUUACAACUUACGAUGCAAAGACUAUGAGGUUGUUAAGUACCGCACCAUCCCGAUCUGCUCAGAAUUGGCUCCUUGUUAUGCAGCAUUUAGAAUUUCUUGGCAGGUCAUUCCCUCAUCUGGUUCAUCUUGACAAGCACUAUGGUUUCCUUGACUAUCAAAUGGAGUAUUUCAGAAAUUAUACGGAUACCAAUAUGCAGCAACCAGUUAAAAGUACUUCCAACUGUCAAGAAGUGAUGAUGCAGCAAGUUUAAGAAACUUCUCUAUUUAUCCAUGACUUCAACCUGGAUUCAUGGCUUUAAAUUACAGAAAAAUGAACUAUGCUAAUGCUAAAUUGUUUACAAUUUACAAUUGUUUAACCUAUAUAAAUAAUAGCUUAUGUUAGGUUUUUAGGAAUAAUGAUAUCUUUUUUCAUGAAAAGUUGAAAAAAUUCAGAAAAUUAAAGCCCG